GGGCGGGGGACGCGGGUGCGAGGAGGUCGAGGAGGCACGUUGGCACCCGACCCUGGCAUCCUGCACGUCCGACAUCAGCCCUGCCCUCCUUCUCAGGGGCUUCCAUUCAUUUUGUGCCACAAGGGAACUGCCGCCCUCGCCCCCAAACUUGUAGCUUUGUGGAUGGAGGGUGUGGGUGACGCCGUGUGCAGUGAAGACCACCUGGCUGAAGACGGUCCUGGGGGUGGAGGGCAGGAGGGAGCGAGAAGGACAAUUCUGCACCUGGGAGCCUCUCGUUCCUGGGCGAGGGUCUGGGGACCCUGGAUGAAGUUUUAGGAUGUUUUAGAAUGACGGUCUGGGGCAGAGAAUAAAAUUUUGAAGGGAGCAGAUUGAGGGUCUGGAGGACUGGGUGAGGUGGGCUCUGAGUACCCAGGACGAUCUCGGGAGGCGCAGAAUGAGAAUCUGGGGGCUCCAGGAUUACAGUGUGGAUGCACAGGAUGAAAUUCUGGGGGCGCAGAUUAGGCAUUGCCGGAGCCAGCCGAGCCGCCAGAGCCGCGGGCCGCGGGGGCGUCGCGGGCCCAACCCCAGGAUGCUCCCCUGCGCCUCCUGCCUACCCGGGUCUCUACUGCUCUGGGCGCUGCUGCUGUUGCUCUUGGGAUCAGCUUCUCCUCAGGAUUCCGAAGAGCCCGACAGCUACACGGAAUGCACAGAUGGCUAUGAGUGGGACCCAGACAGCCAGCACUGCCGGGAUGUCAACGAGUGUCUGACCAUCCCUGAGGCCUGCAAGGGAGAAAUGAAGUGCAUCAACCACUACGGGGGCUACUUGUGCCUGCCCCGCUCCGCUGCCGUCAUCAACGACCUACAUGGCGAGGGACCCCCGCCACCAGUGCCUCCCGCUCAACACCCCAACCCCUGCCCACCAGGCUAUGAGCCCGACGAUCAGGAGAGCUGUGUGGAUGUGGACGAGUGUGCCCAGGCCCUGCACGACUGUCGCCCCAGCCAGGACUGCCAUAACUUGCCUGGCUCCUAUCAGUGCACCUGUCCUGAUGGUUACCGCAAGAUCGGGCCCGAGUGUGUGGACAUAGACGAGUGCCGCUACCGCUACUGCCAGCAUCGCUGCGUGAACCUGCCUGGCUCCUUCCGUUGCCAGUGCGAGCCGGGCUUCCAGCUGGGGCCUAACAACCGCUCCUGUGUGGAUGUGAACGAGUGUGAUAUGGGGGCCCCAUGCGAGCAGCGCUGCUUCAACUCCUAUGGGACUUUCCUGUGUCGCUGCCACCAGGGCUAUGAGCUGCACCGGGAUGGCUUCUCCUGCAGUGAUAUUGAUGAGUGUAGCUACUCCAGCUACCUCUGCCAGUACCGCUGCGUCAAUGAGCCAGGCCGUUUCUCCUGCCACUGCCCACAGGGGUACCAGCUGCUGGCCACACGCCUCUGCCAAGACAUUGACGAGUGUGAGUCUGGUGCGCACCAGUGCUCCGAGGCCCAAACCUGUGUCAACUUUCAUGGGGGCUACCGCUGCGUGGACACCAACCGCUGUGUGGAGCCCUACAUCCAGGUCUCUGACAACCGCUGCCUCUGCCCAGCCUCCAACCCUCUGUGUCGAGAGCAGCCUUCAUCCAUUGUGCACCGGUACAUGACCAUCACCUCAGAGCGGAGCGUGCCCGCCGACGUAUUCCAGAUCCAGGCGACAUCUGUCUACCCCGGUGCCUACAAUGCCUUUCAGAUCCGUGCUGGAAACUCGCAGGGGGACUUCUACAUUAGGCAAAUCAACAACGUCAGCGCCAUGCUGGUCCUCGCCCGGCCGGUGACAGGCCCCCGGGAGUACGUGCUGGACCUGGAGAUGGUCACCAUGAAUUCCCUCAUGAGCUACCGGGCCAGCUCUGUACUGAGGCUCACCGUCUUUGUGGGGGCCUACACCUUCUGAGGAGCAGGAGGGAGCCACCCUCCCUGCAGCUACCCUAGCUGAGGAGCCUGUUACGAGGGGCAGAACGAGAAAGGCAAUAAAGGGAGAAAGAAGGAGUCCUGGUGGCUGAGGCCCAGAGGGCCCCAUUGACAGGAGCUGGGAGCUCUGUACCACGAGCUGCAGCCACCCUGAGAGGAGAGGAGGUAACGAGGAGGGUGGACUCCAGGCCCUGGCCCAGAGAUGUGGACUUGGCUGGCUUGCAGGGGUCCUAAGAAACUCUACUCCGGAGAGCGUUAGGAGGCUCUGGGUUCCAGUCCUAACUCUGCCUCAAACUGUACAUUUGGAUAAGCCCUAGUAGUUCCCUGGGCCUGUUUUUCUAUAAAAAGAGGCAACUGGA